AUGUGGUUCCUCUACGGAAAGAUCUCUCUGAUAUCGCUUGCUUUUUACCUCACUUUAUGCGCACGAACUUCGAUUUCGACCCAAGACUGGACCUAUCUUCAUGACUUCGAAGACAAUCGGUGGCAGCGAACCCCUUGCGCUGAACCGGACGGUCCAAGCACCGAGCUUCUCGGCUUGCAUCACUCUCCCCUUGUACCACACCCCAGAGGAUCAAGCAUGGCAUCGGAGAUUCUGAACUACCCCGGGCAUUCUAUGUUGCAGCCAACGCUAACCGGCCAGGAUAUUCACGACUCAUCACAAGCGUCUUGCUCUGUUGACGAACAAUUCUGUCCUGAUUUGCAAGUUGACACCCGGAGGAUCGAUGGCGAGCUAGGCCCAAGAAAACGCAUUAAGCAUAGUCACAGACAUUCGUCUUGGACCCAAGAAACGACAUCUGAUUCAGCGUUGAAGCCAGGCUCGUCGCAUGAUCAUACAACGUGA